AUGGCCGGCUCAGCUUUCAGAAGACUUACACUAGCAACUCUGCCCACCGAGAUGCUGGGCAGGAUCUUCUGGCUCGUUGAUAGUGCAGAUCUGAUCAACCUGCGCUUGGUCUGCAAACUCAUCUGUGCCACUGCAAACAAGCCAUUCGCCGUACGAAACUUCGAGACUAGGCGCCAUAACGUCACUGAAGACAGCUUCAAAGUCCUCCUCGCGAUCAGUGCCCAUGAAACCUUCGGCGCUUACUUGAAGAACAUUGUUCUCUGUCCUGCCCGCACUCUUCGUGCUGUCCUCGAAUCUGAUGUUGGCGAGAACGACGGCAUCGUGGUAGAUAACUCCUUUAUCAGAUCUGGUAGGUUCAGCGAGCUGAUGCAACAAGCCUUGUCCAACAUCAAGCAGCAUUCUGACUCGAUUGCCAUCGGUGUGCACGAGGACUAUUAUCUGGAACGAUAUUGUCGCCAUGACUGCCCGAUGAUUCCAAAACGAAAACUGUUCUAUGGUGAGAAAGACUUCUAUGAGACUGCCAAAUUCGGAACUGUCCUCGAAAUGCCCGAAGCACUCGAGCUUCUCUUUGCAGAGAUGCGCGCGGCUUCAAUCAGCAUUAACGGUCUUGGAGUCGACUUGGCCCGUCACUCUUGCUAUGACGCGGAAGGCGAGACACAAAAGGCGAUCGGGAAGCUU